AAUGUCACACACAGGCCACUUAUAAAAACUGUAACUUACCUCGCUUUCGCCGUCUCAUUUCAUCUAAUACUCUCUGUAUCUCUUCGCUCUGUCUCAUCAUUCUUCCCAUGGCAGCCGCCGCUGGCUCUUCGGUCUCUGUGCAGGCUCGUCCUAGCUUGGCUGCAAACAGAAUCUCUAGUCUGAAAUCAUUUUCACUUUCAAGCCAGAGAAGUUUCCUGUCCUUUAGAGUGCAGCCAGUUCCAGCUCGCCUUCGGAUUUCUUGUGCUGCCAAGCCAGAAACAGUAGAGAAAGUGUGUGAAAUAGUGAAGCAACAGCUGGCAUUAUCACCAGAAACUGCUGUUACUGGCGAGUCCAAAUUUGCAGCCCUAGGAGCAGAUUCUCUUGAUACGGUUGAGAUUGUGAUGGGACUUGAAGAGGAAUUUGGUAUUAAUGUGGAAGAGGAGAGUGCCCAGAGCAUUGCAACAGUUCAGGAUGCUGCUGAUCUAAUUGAGAAACUUGUUGAGAAGAAGAGUGCAUAGAUGAAAUGCGCACCAGAAAUAGAACCCUUUUCUUUUUUCGUGGAACUAUGCUUUUUAUUAGCUAGCCAAUCUCCUUUUGAACUUAGUUUUUGUGGCUUUCUUUCAGAGAAACUAGUAAAUUGCUGAACUAGGAAGUCCAUAUGUUGCUCUUCUGUGAAAUUAUGCUGUUGUACUUUUUGAACGAAUGAGGCCUGCCUUGCUGAAAUUGGUUGGAAUUCGCUUUUAAUUC